UUUUUUUUAUUUUUUUUUUAUUAAAUAUGGCAGCAAGAUUCCUUGACAUGGCGUUGGACGAUAUCGCCAAGUCUCGUUCCUCCAACAAUGGAAGUCCUAAUCCCCGCCGUGGAGGCCGUAGUGGUGGGCCAACUGGACGGGACAGUCCCAGCCGCUCUAACCGCGCAUCACCCUACGGACGCAAUUCAGCCGAUGAUCGCUGGACUCAUGACAAGUAUGACGAAGGAGCUCAGAACAAUGGUACUGAAGGGCGUGGUGGUGCUGGCCCCCGCCCCCAGAGUAACGAAGGAAACGCAAAGAUCACUGUCGAAAACUUGCACUAUGCUGUCACGUUGGAAGAUAUUAAGGAAUUAUUCGAGACACACGCAGGCCCUGUCAAGUUGGCGAACCUCAAGUACGAUCUAUCUGGAAGAUCUACCGGCGUGGCUACAGUACUAUUCAAUUCAGCAGACGAUGCCGCAUCGGCUAUCAAGAAACUGCAUGGAAUCCCUCUUGAUGGUCAACCCAUGAAGAUUACAUACGCUCCACUUCCUCCAUCUCGUUUUAAUCGUGGCCAGGAGAAGCGAUCAAAGGAAGCACCCAAGAGAGAUGUGUUUUCUCGUCUUGGAUCAAGGUCAGUUGAGGCAGAUAUUGCAUCUCGUCUUGGCAAACCCAAUACAGUCCCAAAGGUCUCUCCAGUUCAGAAUCAAAAUCAAAAUCAGAACCGUAGAUCCUCAGGAAGGGGCCACAAUGGUACUAGACAGGGGCAAAAGGAGAAGAAAGUGCAGGUCAAGACCGCUGAAGAACUUGAUGCAGAGAUGGACACAUACAUGGGCGAGGCAUAAGCAAAUGCAUGAUCC